AGCUCCCCUAUAUGGAUGUAUGGAUCCGUCUAUGCUAAUACCGAGACCAGCAGCUUGCUGACAGUAGAGGGACGAAGGGUCCAGCGUGUGAGCGGAGCCGGCUCUUCAAAAACCAUGGCUGAAGGGGGUGAAGGGGAAGAUGAAAUUCAGUUCCUUAGAACUGAUGACGAAGUUGUACUUCAGUCCGUUGCCACCAUCAAGAAAGAACAACGUAAAUUUUGCUUGUCAACUGAAGGAUUUGGCAGUCGUUUGUGUUUUCUCGAGCCUACUUCAGAAGCUAAGUAUGUUCCUCCUGACCUUUCCAUCUGUGUGUUUGUGCUGGAGCAGUCAUUGUCUGUCAGAGCCUUGCAGGAGAUGUUGACCAGUACAAGUGAAAAGAACAAUGAAGGGCCAAUUGAUUUCAUCAAAUGGGGCUCUAUCAAAAGAUGUCACAUCAGUGCCACGAAGACAAAAUCUCUGAGGAGGUUUAUGAUAAAGGCAGCUCAAGGGGGCGGACACAGAACCCUUCUUUAUGGCCAUGCUAUUCUUCUCCGGCACACAUAUAGUGGAAUGUAUUUGUCUUGUUUGACAACAACAAGAUCUUUGACAGACAAACUGGCUUUUGAUGUUGGUCUGCAAGAAAAUUCAACAGGUGAAGCAUGUUGGUGGACUAUACAUCCUGCGUCAAAACAAAGAUCUGAAGGAGAAAAAGUACGAAUUGGUGAUGACCUUAUUCUGGUCAGUGUUUCAUCAGAGCGUUACCUGCACCUUUCCAUUUCCAAUGGCACCAUACAAGCAGACGCCUCCUUCAUACAGACACUGUGGAAUGUCCAUCCCAUAAGUUCAGGCAGUAAUGUGGCAGAAGGGUUUCUGAAUGGUGGACAUGUUCUGCGAAUUUUUCAUGGUCAUGAUGAGUGUUUGACCAUCCCAUUUGCCGACCAGAGGGAGGAAGUACAUGUAACAGUUAACUAUGAAAGUGGGGAAGCAGGAAUCUAUGCUAGAUCACUGUGGCGUGUGGAACCUCUUAGGAUCAGUUGGAGCGGUAGUCACGUUAAAUGGGGCCAGUCUUUCCGUCUGAGACACCUCACAACGGGUCUGUAUCUGGGUUUAGUUCAGGACCAGGGUUUGGUGCUGCUGGAUCCCACUAAAUCUGAUAUCAAAGCAACAUCAUUCUGCUUCAGAACAUCAAAGGAAAAACUGGAUUUACCCCCAAAACGAGAUACAGAAGGUAUGGGAGUCCCUGAAAUCAAGUACGGUGAUGCGAUUUGUAUUAUUCAGCAUGUAGCUAGUGGCCUCUGGUUAACAUAUCAUGCUCCAGAUGCCAAAUCAGCACGCCUGGGACCUUUGAAGCGGAAGGUAAUAUUACACCAAGAAGGACAUAUGGAUGAUGGUAUAAUCUUGCAACGUUGUCGAAAAGAAGAGGCACGGGCAUCUCGUAUUAUACGAAAAACAACAAUCUUAUUUAAUCAGUUCAUCAGGGGUCUUGAUUGUCUUGGUAAAAGUGGACCCAUCAAAUUACCCAUAAAGGAAGUUCUGGAAGCCUUGCAAGACCUGAUCAUUUACUUCCAUCCACCAGAGGAGGAUUUAAAACAUGAAGACAAGCAGUACAAAUUACGCUCGCUCAGAAACAGACAGAACUUAUUUAAAGAAGAGGCAAUGCUGAGAUUGGUUCUGAAUUGCAUUGAUCGACUAAAUGGUUACCACAGUGCAGCACAUUUUUCAGAGCUUGCUGGCGAAGAAGUUGGAGAAGCAUGGAAAGAUAUCUUGAAUUUGCUAUAUGAACUACUAGCUGCUCUAAUACGUGGUAAUCGAAGUAACUGUGCCAAAUUUUCAAAAAACCUAGACUGGUUGGUCAGUAAAUUAGACAGACUGGAAUCUUCAUCAGGUAUCCUCGAAGUACUACAUUGCAUCUUGAUCGAAAGUCCUGAAGCACUAAAUGUGAUUAAAGAAUGCCACAUCAAAUCUAUUAUUUCAUUACUGGAUAAACAUGGACGCAAUCACAAGGUGCUGGACCUGCUAUGCUCUCUGUGUGUGUGCAAUGGUGUUGCUAUACGAGUUAAUCAGAACCUGAUAUGUGACAAUCUGCUACCCCGUCGUGAUUUACUUCUGCAAACUCGCAUGGUUAACAAUGUAGCAAGCAUCAGGCCCAACAUAUUCCUGAGAACUAGUGAAGGUUCAGCGCAGUACAAGAAAUGGUAUUAUGAACUGGCCGUUGAUCAUGUCAAUCCCUUUUUGACUGCGAAUCCUAUUCACUUGCGUGUUGGCUGGGCAUCCGCAAAGGGUUACGCUCCCUAUCCUGGAGGUGGAGAGGGAUGGGGAGGAAAUGGUGUGGGUGAUGAUCUUUAUUCUUAUGGAUUUGAUGGACUUCAUUUGUGGUCAGGUCGAGUAUCAAGGUCUGUGUCAUCACCUAAUCAACAUAUACUGAAUGGCGAUGAUGUAGUUAGUUGUUGCCUGGAUUUAGGUAUUCCAAGUAUUUCCUUCCGCAUUAAUGGACAGCCAGUACAAGGAAUGUUUGAGAGCUUCAAUACCGAUGGGCUGUUCUUCCCGGUGGUCAGCUUUUCUGCGGGUGCCAAAGUACGUUUUUUGAUUGGUGGUCAUCAUGGAGAUUUUAGGUUUUUGCCUCCUCCUGGAUAUGCACCCUGCUAUGAGGCACUACUACCAAAGGAAAAACUGAGAUUGGAACCAAUCAAAGAGUACAAGCGAGAUUAUGAUGGCGUUCGAGAUUUAAUAGGAACUCCAUGUCAUCUUUCCCAAGCCUCCUUCAUCCCAAAACCAGUAGAUACCUGCCAGAUUGUUUUACCUUCACACCUUGAGAAAGUCCAGAGCAAAUUGGCCGAAAACAUUCAUGAACUUUGGGCAACAAACAAGAUUGAGCUUGGCUGGACAUAUGGGAAGGUACGAGAUGACAACAAGAGACAGCACCCUUGUUUGGUUAAUUUUAAUAAGCUACCAGAACAAGAGAAAAACUAUAAUUUACAAAUGUCCCUUGAAACUUUAAAGACACUCCUGGCCUUUGGUUGUCACGUUGUUCACAUUAAACCAAAAUCUGAGGAAGAUUUACAAAGAAUGAAACUUCCAAAAAAUUACAUGAUGUCAAACAGCUAUAAGCCUGCCCCGCUGGACCUUUCAGAUGUCAAGUUACAUACAGCCCAGGAAGUAUUGGUUGACAAGCUAGCAGAAAAUGCACAUGAUGUCUGGGCUAAAGACAGAAUUAGACAAGGGUGGACCUAUGGAAUCCAACAGGACAUCAAGAACAAAAGAAACCCUCGACUAGUGCCGUAUAGUUUUCUGGAUGAGCGAACCAAAAAAUCAAAUAGAGACAGUUUACGUGAAGCAAUUCGCACAUUAAUUGGAUAUGGCUACAACAUUGAACCAUCAGACCAGGAAAUUGCUGAUGAAACUGUGGAAAAGGUUACUGUCGACAAACUCCGUUUCUUUCGGGUGGAGAAGACCUAUGCAGUAAAGACUGGAAAGUGGUACUUUGAGUUUGAGGCAGUCACUGCAGGAGAAAUGCGAGUUGGCUGGGCAAGGCCAACAUGCAAACCUGAUAUGGAGCUGGGUUCUGACGGAAAUGCCUUUGUUUUCAAUGGCUAUAAGGCUCAGUUCUGGCACCAAGGCAGUGUUUACUUUGGCCAUACUUGGCAGCCAGGUGAUGUGGUUGGUUGCAUGAUUGAUAUGAAUGACAAAUCAAUGAUAUUUACUCUAAACGGAGAACUCCUCAUCACUAAUAGCGGCUCAGAACUCGCCUUUACCGAUUUUGAUACUGAAGAUGGUUUAAUCCCAAUUUGUUCUCUGGGCUUGUCUCAGAUAGGUCGAAUGAAUUUUGGAAAGGAUGCAACCACUUUCAAGUAUUAUACUAUGUGUGGUUUACAAGAGGGCUUUGAGCCUUUUUCAGUAAACAUGAACCGUGAUGUAGCCAUGUGGUUCAGUAAACGCCUACCUCAGUUUGUCCCUGUACCAAAAAAUCACAACCAUAUUGAGGUAACAAGAAUUGAUGGAACUGUAGACAGUCCACCCUGUUUAAAACUGUCUCAUAAAACCUUUGGCACUCAAAACUGCAUUACUGAAAUGACAUAUUACCGUUUGAGUAUGCCUGUAGAGUUUUAUUCAACGUAUAAACAUGAUAGUAUUCCACAUAUUGCUGAUGAUGAUGGAGCUCAGACUGCCGAUACAUUGUCGGGAAAGACUAAAUCAAGGAGUGCAAGAUUGAGCCGUGAUUUACCUGGAGAUAGAGCUGAACAAGAAGUUAUUACGAAGUCUUCAACGUAUUACUACGCAGUGAGAAUAUUUGCAGGCCAGGAUCCGUCUUUUGUGUGGAUUGGCUGGGUAACUCCUGACUACCAUUACCACAGCAAAUCGUUUGACUUGAAUAAACACCGGACUGUAACUAUUACUCUGGGUGAUGACAAAGGCAGAGUUCAUGAAAGUGUCAAGCGCAGUAAUUGUUAUAUGAUUUGGGGAGGAGAUCUUGCCGGCAGUUCAAAGGGAUCAAACAGUGGUCGUGCUGACCUAGUAAUUGGUUGUUUGGUUGAUCUUGCAACUGGCCGGUUAUCAUUCACGGCAAAUGGAAAAGAUCUCAGUAUACAUUACCAGGUUGAGCCAAGCACAAAGUUAUUUCCUGCAGUUUUCAUGCAGGCCACAAGUACUAAUCUCUUCCAGUUUGAACUUGGAAAAUUAAAGAAUGCAAUGCCUCUGUCUGCAGCUAUAUUUAAAAGUGAAGAGAAGAAUCCUAUUCCACAGUGCCCUCCUCGACUUGACAUACAGAUGAUCACUCCUGUUAUGUGGAGCAGAAUGCCCAAUGACUUCCUCCAUGUAGAGACAGCAAGAAUUAGUGAUCACCAUGGUUGGGUUUUACAGUGUAUUGAACCAUUGCAGAUGAUGGCAUUGCAUAUUCCAGAGGAGAAUAGGUCUAUAGAUAUUCUUGAGCUAAUUGAAAAUCAAGAGCUGAUGAAGUUCCAUUUUCAUACAUUGAAAUUGUACUGUGCCCUUUGUGCUGUGGGCAAUAAUCGUAUAGCCCAUGCUCUUUGUAGCCACAUUGAUCAAGCUCAACUAAUAUUCACAACUGAGGAUAAAUAUCUCCCAGGACUUCUACGCAGUGGAUUCUAUGAUCUCCUCUUAAGUAUGCACUUAGAAUCAGCAAAAGAAGCCAGAUUAAUUAUGAACAAUGAAUUCAUUAUUCCUGUAACUGAUGAAACCAGGAGCAUAACAUUGUUUCCAAAAAAUAGUCGGUCUUAUGGACGUCCCGGUGUUGGGCUCAGCACCUGCUUACGACCUCGAUUAAACUUCUCAUCACCAUGUUUUGUCAGCACCAAUGAAGAUAGACGCCCAUAUAGCCCAAAGUUGCCAUUCAAUAUUCUUAAGGUCACUGCAAUUGAAAUGCUCACAGAGGCUGUGUCAGUUGGUGGGCCGCACAUUCGAGAUCCAGUGGGUGGAAGUGUGCAGUUUCAUCUAGUUCCUAUUCUCAAACUUAUUAAAACCAUGCUGAUCACAGGCAUGUUUGAUGAUAAUGACGUCCAAAAAAUUCUGCUACUGAUCGAUUCUGACCUAUUUGGUGAACACCAAGAAGAGGUGGUGGAUGAAGGUAAACUAGAGAAAGAGAUUGACGUGAAAAAUGAAGAAAAGGCAAUAGAAGCUGGAGAAGUAGCAACACAAGCAUCUCCGCCGCCUUUAAAGGGACUGCUGGAAAAAAGUUUGCCAGAGUCUGUUAAACUUCAGAUGUGUGAACUGCUUCACUACUUCUGCGACUGUGAACUCCGACAUCGAGUCGAAGCCAUUGUUUCUUUUGCAGACAAGUUUGUCGUAAAACUGCAAAGGAACCAGAGGUUCCGGUAUGAAGAGCUUAUGCUGGCCUUCAACAUGUCUGCAGCAUUGACUGCCAAGAAGACGAAGGAGUUCCGGUCACCACCUCAAGAGCAGAUUAAUAUGUUACUGAACUUCAGGAAUGAUGAUGAUUCCACUUGCCCUGAAGACAUGCGUGAAGAACUGUGUGACUUCCAUGAUGACCUUCAAACGCAUUGCGGUAUUCCAUUUGAAGACGAGAAGACAGAAGAAAAAGAUGAAUCUCUGAUGGGAAAGUUGCUUUAUUUAGUGCAUAAAAUCAAAGGGAAGCCAAAGAAAGUGGAAGAGCCACCAAGUGAAAAAGAAGUAAAAAAACCUGCCAACCUGUCACAAUUAAUCUCACAGACUAUUGUCCACUGGUCCCAAGAGUCAUACAUUCAGGAUGCAGAGCUGAUUAAAACUAUGUUUAGCCUUUUGCGCCGACAGUAUGAUGCAAUUGGUGAGCUCCUGAAAGCUAUGCGUAAAGCAUACACCAUCAGCGCUGCAUCCGUCCAGGAAACGGUCAGUCUGUUGGUCUCGCUUGGACAGAUUCGAUCCCUCCUGAGUGUUAGAAUGGGAAAACAAGAAGAAACACAAAUGAUUCGCGGAUUAGGGGAUAUCAUAAAUAAUAAGGUAUUCUAUCAGCAUCCAAACCUGAUGAGAGUGCUGGGUAUGCAUGAGACUGUCAUGGACAUCAUGGUGAGCGUCCUUGGAGGAAAUAAAUCACAGGUGAUUGCGUUCCCUGAAAUGGUGGCGAGCUGCUGUCGAUUCCUGUGCUACUUCUGCCGUAUCAGCCGCCAGAAUCAGAAGGCCAUGUUUGAUCAUCUCAGUUACUUGUUGGAAAAUAGCAGUGUUGGACUGGCAUCACCCAGCAUGCGAGGUUCUACUCCUCUGGAUGUGGCAGCAGCCUCUGUAAUGGAUAACAAUGAGCUUUCUUUGGAGUUGCAGGAACCUGACUUGGAAAAGGUGGUGACCUAUCUUGCUGCAUGUGGCUUACAGAGCUGCCCAGUGCUAGUGGCCAAAGGUUAUCCUGAUAUUGGCUGGAAUCCCAUUGAAGGGGAACGUUAUCUACUCUUCUUACGAUUUGCAGUUUUUGUCAAUGGUGAAAGUGUUGAAGAAAAUGCAAGUGUUGUCGUGAAGUUACUAAUUCGCCGUCCGGAGUGCUUUGGCCCAGCUCUGAGAGGUGAAGGAGGACAUGGCUUGUUAGCAGCGAUGAAAGAGGCCAUUGAAACUUCAGAAGAUCCUUGCCGUGAUCUCCCACCUGUUGAAGCUGGAAAAAAUAGUGCUGAAGAGGAGGAUGAAGAAGUUGUGCACAUGGGUAAUUCUAUCAUGUCGUUCUAUUCGGCUUUGAUUGAUCUUCUCGGCCGAUGUGCUCCAGAGAUGCAUCUAAUCCAAGCAGGCAAAGGUGAAGCUAUCCGAAUCCGAGCUAUUCUUCGUUCCCUCGUGCCAACUGAGGACCUGGUGGGCAUUAUUAGUAUUCCACUGAAAUUGCCUGUUGUUAAUCCAGAUGGAUCUAUUUCUGAGCCAGCAAUGUCUGCAAGUUUCUGUCCUGACCACAAAGCACCCAUGGUACUGUUUCUGGAUCGUGUUUAUGGUAUUGAGGACCAAAGUUUCCUACUUCAUUUGCUGGAAAUCGCAUUUUUACCUGAUUUAAGAGCAUCAGCCUCCCUUGAAUCAGCUUCCUUAAAUACAACAGAGAUAGCACUUGCACUUAACAGAUAUGUCUGUUCAACAGUGCUUCCACUACUCACGAGAUGUGCACCUCUUUUUGCUGAGACAGAGCACUUUGCUCCUUUGAUCGAUACCACGUUGCACACAAUCUACAGAUUAUCCAAAGGACGUUGUCUUACCAAAGCACAGAGAGAGUCGAUUGAGGAAUGUUUGCUGUCCAUAUGCCGAUAUCUUCAACCUUCCAUGCUGCAGCCACUUCUGCGUCGAUUUGUUUUUGAUGUUCCCCUUCUUAAUGAGUACUGUAAAAUGCCAUUAAAGCUUCUGAGUAAACAUUAUGCACAAUGCUGGAAAUACUAUUGUUUGGCAUCUGGGUGGGGCAAUUAUGGAAGUGCCUCUGAUGAAGAGUUACAUCUUACCAAAAAAUUAUUCUGGGGAGUUUUGGAUGCACUCUCUACAAAAAAAUAUCAUCCCGAUCUCUUUAAAAUGGCCUUGGCUUGUCUAAGUGCUUUAGGAGGGGCCCUGUCCCCCGACUAUGUAGAUUCCAGCUUUUCAGUCGUGGUGGACAGAGAGACAUCAGUGGAUGACAAAGGCAACUUUGACCCAAAGCCCAUCAACACUUCCAAUAUUUCAAUUCCAGAGAAGUUAGAGUACAUUGUGAACAAAUAUGCAGACCAUCUACAUGAGAAGUGGGCUUGUGAGAAGAUUCAAAAUGAAUGGACAUAUAGUGAUACAAUCAAUGAAAACAUGAAGACUCAUCCAUUAUUGAGACCCUAUAAAACCUUAACAGAAAGGGAAAAGGAAUUGUAUCGUUGGCCAACCAAGGAAUCUUUCCGGAUCAUGCUGGCUUUGAACUGGAACAUUGAAAGGACAAAAGAGAGUGAGGCUAUGAUGCAGCACCUUGAAAGUGAGAAACUGCGUAAGGUUUCUCAGAGUUCAGGGGGGUACUCCCCUGUUCCAGCUGACCUGUCAAAUGCUUUUCUCUCCAGAGAGAAUCAGGCAAUGGCAGAGCUCUUGGCAGAGAACUAUUAUAAUAUUUGGGCAAAAAAGAGGAAAAUCGAAUUAGAAAGCAAAGGUGGAGGCAGCCAAACCUCUCUGAUGCCUUAUGAUACCUUGACUGCCAAGGAGAAGGCCCGGGAUCGUGAUAAGGCUCAUGAGUUAUUCAAGUUCCUCCAAGUGAAUGGUUAUGCAAUAUCUAGAGGCCUGAAGGACAUGGAAUUAGAUUCCUCAUCUUUUGAGAAGCGAUUUGCUUACAAAUUCCUGGUAAAAGUGCUUAAAUGUGUUGACUCGGCACAGGAAUUUAUAGCACAUUUAGAGGCCAUGGUUAGUAGUGGUAAAGCAGACAAAUCUCACGAGCGAGAGAUAAAGUUUUUUGCCAAGAUUCUACUUCCACUGAUUGACGAGUAUUUCAAGAAUCACUAUAUGUACUUCUUAUCUUCUCCGACCAAGAGUCUCAGCAGCAGUGGAUAUGCAUCCAACAAAGAAAAGGAAAUGUUGGCAAGUAUUUUCUGCAAACUUGCAGCCCUGGUCAGACACAGGAUCUCACUCUUUGGCACUGAUUCUGGAACAAUCGUGAACUGUUUACAUAUCUUGGCACGUACACUUGACCCCAGGACUGUUAUGAAGUCUGGCUCGGAGCUGGUAAAAGCUGGCAUACGUUUGUUCUUUGAAAAUGCCGCAGAAGAUCUAGAAAAAACACUGGAAAAUCUGAAACUGGGGAAAUUCACACAUUCAAGAUCUCAACUGAAGGGAGUCACACAGAAUAUCAAUUACACAACCAUAGUUCUACUGCCUGUACUAACUUCAUUAUUUGACCACAUUGGUCAGCAUCAGUUUGGCACUAACAUAAUCUUGGAUGAUGUCCAAGUAGCAUGCUACAGGAUCCUAUGCAGCUUGUGUGCCUUAGGAACAGGGAAGAAUGCCUAUGUGGAAAGACAGCGACCUGUCCUUGGAGAAUGUCUUGCCACACUUGCAGCUGCCAUGCCGGUAGCUUUCCUUGAGCCUUCUAUCAACGUACACAAUGCACACUCAGUUUUCAAUACAAAAUCGCCUCGAGAACGUAUCAUUCUAGGCUUACCUGACACGGUCGAGGAAGUGUGUCCAGAGGUACCUCAUUUAGAUGCAUUAAUAAAGGAGAUCAAUGAAACAGCAGAGUCUGGAGCAAGAUACACAGAAAUGCCUCAUAUAAUUGAGGUGAUUUUGCCCAUGUUGUGUAAUUAUCUGUCUUAUUGGUGGGAGCGAGGCCCAGAGAACAAACCCAGUGGGGACUGCUGCACUGUCGUCACCUCUGAACAUCUUAGUGCAAUUUUGGGCAAUGUCCUGAAAAUCUUAAACAAUAACCUGGGCAUUGAUGAUGCUUCCUGGAUGAAGAGACUUGCAGUGUAUGCUCAGCCAAUUAUCAGCAAAGCUAAGCCUGAUUUGCUGAGAAACCAAUUCAUUCCAACAUUGGAAAAGCUGAAAAAGAAAGCAAUAAAGGUUGUACAGGAGGAAGAACAAAUGAAAGCAGAGUGCAAGGUGGAUUUCCAGGAAACUGAGCUACUAAUCCUUGAUGAAUUUGCUGUUCUCUGCCGAGAUCUCUAUUCCUUCUAUCCAAUAUUGAUCCGCUUUGUGGAUUAUAACAGGGCAAGAUGGCUAAAGGAGCCAAAUGCAGAUGCUGAUGAACUGUUCCGCAUGGUGGCUGAAAUUUUUAUCAUGUGGUGUAAAUCGCACAAUUUCAAACGAGAGGAGCAGAAUUUUGUGAUUCAGAAUGAAAUCAACAACAUGGCUUUCCUGACUGCAGAUAAUAAAAGCAAGAUGUCUAAGGCAGAAGGACAAAGCCAGGAACGGAAAACAAUUCAGCGCAGAGGGGAUUAUUACUCGGUACAGACAUCACUGAUUGUGGCUGCUGUUAAAAAGUUACUUCCUAUUGGUUUAAAUAUGUGCACUGCGGGAGACCAAGAAUUAAUCUCAUUGGCCAAGCAGAGAUACAAUCUGAAAGACACAGAUGAAGAAGUUAAAGAAUUCCUCGCAAAUAACUUACAUUUACAGGAUAAGUCUGAUGACCCAGCAGUUCGAUGGCAGCUUAACUUGUAUAAAGAUAUUGCCAAGCCUGAAGAGAGAAUGGAUCCUCAGAAGAUUGUGGAACGUGUGCAAAAGAUUUCAGCUGCUGUUUUUCACUUGGAACAGGUGGAGCAGCCACUGCGGUCAAAGAAGACAGGCUGGCAAAAGCUCUUGUCCAAACAACGCAAAAGAGCAGUGGUUGCCUGCUUCCGGAUGGCACCACUUUAUAACCUGCCCAGACACAAAAUUAACAUUUACUUCCUGAACGCCUAUCAACGUCUGUGGCUGGAAAAGCUAUAUAAGAACACUGACUUUGAGAAUCUUAUCGUCUGUUUGACGAAAUCUGCAACUACGUCAGAAGAGGAGGAGGAAGAGUUUGACAAGACUCCUGAUCCACUUCAUCAGCUUAUACUACACUUCAGUCGAACUGCCCUCACUGAGCGAAGUGCAAUUGAAGAGGACCCCUUAUACCUUGCAUAUGCAGACAUGAUGGCAAAAAGUUGCCAUGUUGAUGAUGAUGAUGAAGAAGAUGAAGAAAAAGAAAAAACUUUUGAAGAAAAGGAAAUGGAGAAACAAAUGACACUCUACCAGCAAGCAAGGCUUCACCAGCGUGCAGCAGCUGAGAUGGUUAUACAAAUGAUUAGUGCAAGCAAAGGUGCAUUAAGACCCAUGGUGACCACAACAUUAAAGCUUGGUAUCUCCAUUCUGAAUGGUGGUAACCCUGAUGUCCAGCGGAUAAUGUUGGACUAUUUGAAGGAGAAGAAAGAAAGUGGUUUUUUCAGGAGCCUGUCUGGAUUGAUGCGAUCCUGCAGCAUCCUUGACUUGAAUGCCUUUGAGAGACAAAACAAAGCAGAAGGUCUGGGAAUGGUGACUGAAGAUGGAACACUCAUUGUUCGCGGACAUGGUGACAAGGUGUUACAGAAUGAUGAAUUUACUCGGGAUUUGUUUCGUUUCUUGCAAUUGCUGUGUGAGGGACAUAACGGUGAUUUCCAGAAUUACCUAAGAACUCAAACAGGAAACACAACUACAGUGAAUAUCAUUAUCAGCACAGUUGACUAUUUGCUGCGUCUUCAGGAGUCAAUCAGUGAUUUCUAUUGGUAUUACUCAGGAAAAGUUGUUAUGGAUGAACAAGGUCAGCGCAAUUUCUCAAAAGCGUUAGCUGUGGCUAAACAAAUCUUCAACUCGCUGACAGAGUAUAUCCAGGGCCCUUGCAUUGGGAACCAGCAGAGUCUUGCCCACAGCAGGCUCUGGGAUGCAGUGGUUGGUUUCCUGCAUGUUUUUGCUAAUAUGCAAAUGAAGCUUUCUCAGGAUUCAAGCCAGAUUGAGUUGCUCAAAGAGUUAUUGGAUUUACAGAAAGAUAUGGUGGUGAUGCUGUUGUCAUUGUUGGAAGGGAAUGUUGUAAAUGGAACCAUAGGCAAACAGAUGGUGGACACACUGGUUGAAUCUUCCAGCAAUGUGGAAAUGAUACUCAAGUUCUUCGAUAUGUUUCUUAAGUUAAAGGAUAUAACUACUUCUGAUACCUUCAAAGAUUAUGAUCCAGAUGGUAAAGGAGUGAUUUCAAAGAAAGAAUUCCAAAAGGCUUUGGAAAGUCAGAAGAAAUAUGCACAAUCAGAAAUUGAGUUCCUACUAUCUUGUGUUGAAGCAGACGAAAAUGAUAUGUUUAACUAUAUGGAAUUUAUUGACCGCUUUCAUGAACCAGCCAAAGACAUCGGUUUUAAUGUAGCUGUAUUACUGACUAAUUUAUCUGAACACAUGCCCAAUGAUAUCCGUCUAAAGACAUUCUUGCAGCCAGCUCAAAGUGUCCUCACAUACUUUGAGCCCUAUUUAGGACGCAUUGAGAUUAUGGGUGCAGCAAAGCGCAUAGAAAGAAUCUACUUUGAAAUCAGCGAAUCAAGCAGAACACAGUGGGAGAAGCCUCAGGUCAAGGAAUCCAAGAGACAAUUUAUCUUUGACGUUGUGAAUGAAGGCGGGGAAUCGGAAAAAAUGGAACUCUUUGUGAAUUUUUGUGAGGACACCAUAUUUGAAAUGCAGUUAGCAUCUGAAAUCUCUGAACCAGAUGCAGCUGAGAGAGCUGAUGAUGAUGAAGAGGAGUCUCCUCCAGAUGAAGAAGAUGAGGAGGUGGCUCAGCCCUCAAAUGCAUUUACGGCAGCGUGUCACAAUUUCAAAGGUGCCUUAUUGAACUUUUUCAAGAUUUUCACACUUAGAAAUAUCAGAAGGCAGUACAAAACCAUUAAGAGGAUGACGACCAUGGAGUUAAUGAUGAAAAUUUUCUCCUUCUUCUGGAUGUUGUUCGUUGGCUUUGUUUGCUUUAUUUUCAACAUAGUACAAGGAUUUUUCCAGAUCGUGUGGAGUGCCAUGUUUGGAGGUGGGCUAGUUGAAGGUGCCAAAAGCAUCACUGUCACAGACCUUUUAGCCAGCAUGCCAGAUCCAACACAACUUGGAAUUCAUGGAGAUGUGAGCGAAUCAGAAAGAUCAGAAACUCCAGAGCUGGGGGUUGUUGCAGAACAUCAGUCUAUAGCACAAGAUGAGAAAAGUGAAACUGAGAUGAUGCCUGAUAUAUUCGGUACGAGUGUGAAAAAAGGAGGCAAGGCAGGUGACGAACACGGAGGUCUUGGUGAUGUGUCGGAAAUUAUCGGAGCAGAAGGCCCCAUAAGUAUUGAAAAAGCAGUAUCUCAGAAAAAGAAAGCAGAGAUUGAACAGAAGAAUAAAAAUGAGAGUAAAACCGAGUUUGAGAAGGCUGACACAGAGGAUGGCGAGAAGAUGGACAAAGCCAAAGAAGAACAACCAGAUGAAAGUGAAGAAAUAGAGCAAAAAAUAAAGAAGAGGCGACGUGGACAGACAAAGAAGGAACCAGAAGCAUUCUUAGUUAACUUCUGGGAGGGUCUUGAAAUUUACCAAACCAAGAUUCUGAAUUAUCUAGCCAGGAAUUUCUACAAUUUGAGGUUACUAGCUCUAUUUGUGGCAUUUGCGAUCAAUUUCAUUCUACUCUUCUACAAGGUGACCGAGCCUCCAGCUGAUGAAGAAGAAGCGGAUUUCAGUUUCUGGAAUGAUGACAAGGUGGAUUUCUACGUGUUGCAGGAGUCUACAGGAUACAUGGCCCCAACGCUAACAUUUCUUGCACUUAUUCACACAAUCAUCUCAAUGCUUUGUAUCAUUGGCUACUACAUAUUGAAGGUCCCUCUUGUAGUUUUCAAGCGUGAAAAGGAAAUUGCCAGAAAGCUGGAGUUUGAUGGUCUGUACAUAACAGAGCAGCCGUCUGAUGAUGACAUUAAAGGACAGUGGGAUCGCCUUGUCAUCAACACGCCGUCUUUCCCUAAUAAUUACUGGGACAAGUUUGUCAAAAGAAAGGUUAUUAAUAAGUAUGGCGACCUUUAUGGAGUUGAACGUAUUGGUGAGCUCCUGGGUGUGGACAAAAGUUCUUUAGAUUUUAGUCCCAUUGAAGAGGCCCCAGAGCGAGAAGCGACACUGGUGUCCUGGUUGAGUUCCAUUGAUUUAAAAUACCAUAUUUGGAAACUUGGAGUUGUGGUCACUGAUAAUUCAUUUUUGUAUCUGGCUUGGUACACAACCAUGUCUAUUUUGGGUCACUACAACAACUUCUUCUUUGCUGCCCACUUGCUGGAUAUUGCUAUGGGUUUUAAGACGUUGCGUACGAUAUUGUCAUCUGUAACACACAAUGGGAAGCAGCUUGCUCUGACUGUUGGUCUCCUGGCAGUGGUCGUGUACCUGUACACUGUGGUUGCUUUCAACUUCUUCCGCAAAUUCUACAACAAGAGCGAAGAUGAAGAAGAACCAGAUAUGAAAUGUGAUGAUAUGAUGAAGUGCUAUUUGUUCCACAUGUAUGUGGGCGUAAGAGCUGGAGGUGGCAUUGGAGAUGAAAUUGAAGAUCCUGCUGGUCAUCCUUCUGAAAUGUACCGAAUUAUCUUUGACAUCACAUUCUUCUUCUUCGUCAUUGUCAUCCUACUAGCCAUUAUUCAGGGUUUGAUUAUUGAUGCUUUUGGGGAGCUGAGAGACCAACAGGAGCAAGUGCGAGAAGACAUGGAGACCAAAUGCUUUAUUUGUGGAAUUGGCAAUGACUACUUUGACAGGACACCACAUGGUUUUGAAAUACAUACUUUGCAAGAGCACAACCUUGCAAAUUACCUAUUCUUCAUGAUGUACCUCAUUAACAAAGAUGAAACUGAACACACUGGUCAAGAGUCUUUUGUAUGGAAGAUGUAUCAAGAACGCUGUUGGGAUUUUUUCCCUGCUGGAGAUUGUUUCCGUAAACAAUACGAGGAUCAGCUUGGAUAAAUGAAAACAUUGCUUGAACUUACCUACUGAAUGAACGCAUGGAAUUUGGCAUGAAUGUAUAAUGGAAAAUAGAGCAAACAGAUAUUUGCUGUUCCAAAUCAAAAUAAAAAUAAAUGUGAAAGAUGUUGAAAAUACAACCGUCUUAAACAGUGACAUUCAACUUUUAGGUACACAAAGUGUAACACUUAACAGAUUUGGAGUUACUAUUAAGAUAUUGAAGUUAAUCUUUUCUGUAGCUUUGGGCUAACUGAUUAAACAGAACUACCUAGUCAUAAAUUGCAAAAAAAAGCAUCAAAAUAAAUUGUGCCACCUUUAGCCAAUGCUAAGUAACAACAUGUUCUGUUUUCUAGUGUAUGCUCCUCAAAAAAAAGCUAAGUUAGAAUUUAUUCACAAUGUUGAGUCUUAUUGUAUGCUGUACGAAUAUGUUGACUGAUCUCUGCUUGCCAAGGCAGCAGCUGAGCUGUUAAUUUAUAACUUUUUUCCGGAUAUGGCAUUCAAUUUAAUGAAAUGCUAUAACCCUUACAUUUUUCAUGUGCAUUGGCUGUGGUGUACAUCUUUUCUUCAAAUUAAAAGUAAACAGCCUAAAAGCUUCAAUUUAAAACAAUUCAACCAUGCUAUCUACAGUAUAAUACAGUUUUGAAAUAAAGCAAUUGAAAUUCAAUAAUGUAUCUUUUGUAGAAAAAUAUGCCUUUGUUUAAUGAGAAUAAUGACAGUGCAUCAUUUUGUAACAGCUGAUGCUGGAGCACAUUGAAGGCACAGAAUAAAUAUCUCUUUGGCCAUGAA